AAAGGGGGUAAUUUUUAUAGGCACUGUGCAAAGAAUUCAGUGUACAUACAGGAUGUGCCCUGUCUUGGAGAACUACAAGCAUCUUCCCUGCCUUACUGGCAUUGAAGGGUGAUGAUGCUGCAUACCAUAGGUAUCCAAUAAAGUUUUAAAAGGCUAAAGCGCUAAAGGGCAAUAAAGGGUAAUGAUAAAGGGCCAGUUGUUGUCACUGUCGCUACCAUCUUCUUGGAUAUCAGAAGGAAGAAGGAGAAGCUGGAGUAGUCUGGUGGAAUCUUUAAGAAGCUUUACAAUCUUUCCUCCAGUCUUCUCUCAACUUGGGAUCCACCGAUUAUCCUCUUCUUCUCCCAUUACAACGUCCACAAUGGCGACAACUACGAUGCCCGCUGUCUGCGACUCUCUUUCCACAGUCUGCUCAGGCACAAACUGCCUUGCUCCUCCUAGCAACUUCAAUGCAAUCCUGAGCCUUGUGUUGAGCACAGUGCUCACCGUAAUGCUUGCUAUGGUCAUGUUCGCCAUGGGUUGCACCGUGGAUGCCAAGAAGCUGUUGGGCCAUCUUAGGAGACCGUGGGGCAUCUUCAUCGGCUUCCUCUGCCAGUUUGGCAUCAUGCCUUUCACAGCUUUUGCCUUGUCAUUGGCCUUCCAGGUGCUGCCUGUGCAGGCUAUUGUCAUCAUCAUUAUGGGCUGCUGUCCUGGAGGCACCGGCUCUAACAUUAUCUGCUACUGGCUGGAUGGAGACAUGGACCUAAGUAUCAGUAUGACAGCCUGUUCCUCCAUCAUGGCCUUGGGGAUGAUGCCUCUCUGUCUGCUCAUUUACACCUCCAUCUGGACUUCCAGCAACACCAUCCAGAUCCCAUAUGACAGUAUUGGUAUCACUCUAGUGUCUCUUCUUGUCCCAAUUGCUCUGGGAAUUUACGUUAAACGCAGGUGGCCCCACAUAGCAAAAAAGAUCCUUAAGAUAGGGUCCAUUGCAGGCUUUGCUCUUAUUAUCAUCAUCGCUGUGGUUGGAGGAAUUCUCUACCAGUCCUCCUGGACCAUAGCUCCUUCCCUAUGGAUCAUUGGAACAAUCUACCCCUUCAUUGGUUUCAGCCUGGGGUUCAUCCUGGCUCGCAUUGCGGGUCAACCCUGGCACAGAUGUCGAACCAUCGCAUUGGAGACUGGUUUCCAGAAUUCCCAGCUGUGCAGCACCAUCGUCCAGCUGUCCUUUAGCCCUGAUGAGUUGGAGGUCAUGUUUGCGUUCCCCCUCAUCUACAGCAUCUUCCAGCUGGUGGUGGCAGUCAUAACUGUGGGAGGAUAUCAGGGAUAUAAAAGAGCAUUUGGCAUCAGUUCACCUGAUCGAGACAGUGAGGCUCCAUCCUUGGAAGGUGGCGAUAAUGAAGCAAAAGAGAAGGACUAUGCUGUGGAAAAUAGUGCCUUUGAGCUUGAUGAGAACGCCAACAGCGGAGAGAAGGAAAAGAGCGCGAACAAGAACACCCAGCUGUGAGAUUACAGACCUGCAAAUCACAGACUUUGGACUAUGAACAUCCACAGCCUGACUCAACUGUGAACACACACUGCACUCUGCAGGCCGGAGGUGUCUUUCCCAGAAUGGCCAAAAAUUAACAUCGGAAGGGGAGACAAUGACUUUCUCACUAUAUUGCAUAAGUCAGAUAUUAGAGCCUCCUUGCCUUAAUUUAUUCAUACACAAUUAUUUAAAACCUCAUUCUGUCAUGAAUUCUGCUGCGCCCAUGUUAUUUAAUUAAUGUCUACAUAAUUCAUUUAUGUGGAUUAACUGUGUGUCCGUAUAUUUACAACUGAAUGCAGAUAUGUAACCUUCAUAUUCAUAUUGGACAGCCCAUGUUUUACAGCUGUCUAAUCCACUGACAUAUAUAGUAUAAUAGUUUUUAUGUAGUUUGUAUCCUUAUUCUCUUUUCUCAUGUAGCAGAUAAAAUCAGUGGUUAUUACACGCCAGCUUUGGCACUUUGGUCCCUGAUGCAAAUUUCUGUUGCACGUUCUCAGCUCUUCUAUACCUCAUUUAUGCUGGUGGAUAAAUAAAAGUAAGGGUCUUGUCACGUUUAGAGAUUCAUAAAGUGCUCAGUUUCUGCAGAGCACAGCUGAUUCUUAGCAGUUUUAAAGACCUAAGCUAGUUUUAUAUACAUGUCUGAACUGAGGAAACAUGGAUAUACAUAUCAUGUCAUAAUCGCAGUAUAUUUAUGAUACUCGUACUUUAAUUUAUUCGUGCUCUGUGUUGUGAGAAUGUGACAAACGCAGAAUUCUGUUAAUUUACUUUGUCUAUUGAAAGCUUGCAUUUUCUUGACUUUGUACAGAAACAACAUAUUUUACAAAACCUCUGUGCUUUUCUGUUUACCACUGUUUUACAAG